AUGAAGAAAAAGCCCUCCCCAGUAGUCUCAUCCUCGUUAAAGGGCAUGGCGUUAGCAGCUAGGCAGCUCGCUGCGGUUUAUGAGCAAGUGGAGCGUGCCAAGCUGGAGCGGCUGCUGGAAACGGAGAGAAUGCGGAUGGAGCUGAGCAAGGACAUGGAAGCGCAGAUGAUGCAGAUGCAAGUUGACAUGGCGCGGGCAAGCGGUGACCCGAGGCACAGUCUAGGUGGUGCCGCCGCUGGUGCCGCUGGUGCGAGUGGUGGUCUCCCAGAUGGGUUGGUUGGUGGUAACGAUGAGGGUCGUAUUGGUGGAGGUGAUCAGAAUGACAAUCCUGGCACUGGGACGCAAGGGCUAGUUAGUGGCAGCAGGCUAGAUGAUACUGCUGGACGUGCAGCUGGUUUUGAUGGCAGUACUGCCAAUGGUGGUCAGGGCCUAAGUGGUUCAGGGCAAGACGAGCAGACCUUCAACUUCUCAACGCCUGCAGGGAACAUGUUGAAUCCAUCAACUGUUGUGAGUGCACAGACAACAGCAACACCCAAUCCACUUGGCCGAAUCCCAGACCAGCGUUUCAUCAUGGCUGCCCUCGAAGAUUAUUGCGAUAGGGACCUUAUGAGCGAGCUGUUGAGGCGAAUGAAAUGCGCCCCGAAGCCAGAGAAGAGAGUUAUUCUGAUCGGUCCUCCCGGUUGCGGAAAGGGUACACAGUCUCCCAUCAUCAAGGAGGAGAACUGCCUGUGCCAUCUAGCGACCGGCGAUAUGCUCAGAGCAGCCGUCGCUCAGAAAACGCCCCUGGGCGUCAAGGCGAAAGAGACCAUGGAAAAGGGCGAGCUCGUGUCCGACGAACUGGUUGUGGGUAUUAUCGAGGAAGCAAUCAACCGACCGUCCUGCAGCAAGGGUUUCAUCCUUGACGGCUUUCCUCGCACGGUCGUGCAGGCGGAGAAGCUUGACGCGAUGCUGGAGAAGAAGGGUCAGAAGAUCGAUAAGGUGCUCAACUUCGACGUUCCUGACGCCGUCCUGGAGGAGAGGAUCACAGGCAGGUGGAUCCACCCUGCCAGCGGACGCUCCUACCACACCAAGUUCGCACCUCCGAAGGUUCCUGGCAAGGAUGACGUCACUGGCGAGCCUCUGGUGCAACGGAAGGAUGACAAUGCAGAGACUCUGAGGAGCCGAUUGGCGGCAUUUCACAAGCAGACCUCGCCAGUCAUUGACUACUAUGCUGCUAAGGGCAAGGUUGCUACUUUGCAUGCCGAUAAAAAGCAGCAGGAAGUUACUGCUGAGCAUGACAUUGAGCAUGACAUUGAGCAUGGUUUUGAGCAUGACAUUGAGCAUGACAUUGAGCAUGACACUGAGCAUGGUUUUGAGCAUGACAUUGAGCAUGGGAUUGAGCACGGCAUUAAGGUAUUCAGCAAUUCAUGUGGUUAG